CCUUGGUUCCUGUCCAGACAUUCACAAAUACGUUCUCGGCUUGCGAUUCAAGGAACGUUAUUUUUCCAAACUGACCCAGGAAGGCGUUGAAUUUCCGAUAUCAGUGCCCGAUAACCCCGUCCUUCCAACCCUUCAACGCCAGUCAUACGUUGUUGAGGAUUCUUUUGAAGAAUAUGCUCAAGACUCGACAUAUAUCGAGGGCGAUUGGGACAGUCUUGGCAAGUGCAGCACGACGGUGAUGCCAUUUCAACAGAUUUGGAGCAGCAAUUCAACAUUCUCGUUCCCAACACAAACUACCCUCCUGCUCUGGACAACUUGGGUGACUACGAAUAUGAAGAACCUACUGGAAAUAUCAUUAACACUGAGCACACUUAUGAAUAUUUUGCUGAAGUUCAUUUCAGUAACGGCUCAAUGCGAGAGAUUCCAAUUGGGAUAACCUCCUUCUCGCCGAUUCUUCCUACUCUCACAGGUGAAACAGAGACGGUGUAUGUGGCCUUGCAGCAAGAAACACGCAACUUGUUUCGAGAUGACACUUCUCCAGAUGAAGCGGCAAAACCACGCCAGAGUAAUUACACCGCAGAAAUCACUUUUCCCAGCGGAAGGACUCUUGAACAAGGCAC